AUGGGCCUUCCACUUCUUCAAUCGUUUCUAUUUUCAGCAAUGCUUCUCUUCUCUUUGAUCACCAUCCCUCAGCUUGCACAUGGUGGCAUUACAAGGCACUACCAUUUUGAUAUAAAGUACCAAAAUGUAUCAAGACUAUGCCACACAAAGAGCAUGGUCACAGUUAAUGGUCAGUUUCCUGGGCCACGCAUUGUUGCUAGGGAGGGUGAUCGUCUUCUUAUCAAAGUGGUUAACCAUGUACACAACAACAUCUCCAUCCAUUGGCAUGGCAUUAGACAGCUUCAAUCAGGAUGGGCUGAUGGACCUGCAUAUGUGACUCAGUGCCCUAUUCAAACAGGCCAAAGUUAUGUCUACAAUUACACCAUCGUUGGCCAAAGAGGCACUCUCUUCUGGCAUGCUCACAUUUCUUGGUUAAGAUCUUCUGUCUAUGGUCCUCUCAUCAUUCUUCCAAAGCAUGGAGUUCCAUAUCCUUUUACCAAACCUUACAAGGAAGUUCCCAUCACCUUUGGAGAAUGGUGGAAUGCAGAUCCUGAGGCUGUCAUAAAACAAGCAUUGCAAACAGGUGGAGGACCAAAUGUCUCUGAUGCCUACACUAUUAAUGGACUUCCAGGGCCAUUAUAUAACUGCUCUGCUAAAGACACAUUCAAGCUAAAGGUCAAGCUUGGGAAAACAUACCUUCUCCGUUUGAUCAAUGCUGCACUCAAUGAUGAACUCUUCUUCAGCAUUGCAAACCACACCCUCACAGUCGUUGCAGUAGAUGCAAUUUAUGUUAAACCAUUUGAGACAGACACUAUUCUGAUUGCCCCAGGACAAACCACUAAUAUUCUUCUCAAAACCAAAUCCUACUACCCCAAUGCCACAUUCUUCAUGAGUGCUACACCAUAUGUUACUGGCCAGGGCACUUUUGACAACUCAACUGUUGCUGGUAUCCUUGAAUAUGAAGUUCCAUCAAACUCUCUUCAUUCAACAACUUCAAUGAAAAAGCUCUUACUCUUCAAGCCAAUCCUCCCUGCCCUUAAUGACACUUCUUUUGCAACAACUUUCACCAGCAAGCUUCGUAGCCUUGCAAGCUCUCAGUUUCCUGCUAAUGUUCCCUUGGAAGUUGAUAGACAAUUUUUCUUCACAGUAGGACUUGGUACAAAUCCCUGCCAGCAUAACAAAACAUGUCAAGGACCAAAUGGAACAAAGUUUGCAGCAUCAGUGAAUAAUGUAUCUUUCACACUCCCAACAACUGCUCUUCUUCAAGCCCACUUCUUUGGUCAAUCCAAUGAAGUUUACUCACCAAACUUUCCAAGUAGUCCAUUGAUUCCAUUCAACUAUACAGGAAAUCCACCAAAUAACACAAUGGUGAGCAAUGGGACAAAGUUGGUGGUCCUUCCAUUCAACACAAGUGUAGAACUUGUGAUGCAGGACACCAGCAUUCUUGGUGCUGAAAGUCACCCUCUCCAUUUGCAUGGUUUUAACUUCUUUGUUGUUGGCCAAGGAUUUGGAAACUUUGAUCCAAAUAAGGACCCUGCAAACUUCAAUCUUGUUGACCCAAUUGAAAGAAACACAGUGGGAGUCCCUUCUGGUGGAUGGGUCGCCAUUCGUUUCUUGGCUGAUAACCCAGGGGUAUGGUUCAUGCAUUGUCAUCUUGAAAUUCACACGAGCUGGGGUUUAAGGAUGGCUUGGGUUGUAUUAGAUGGAAAGCUUCCACAUCAGAAACUGCUUCCGCCACCUGCUGAUCUUCCCAUGUGUUAA